AUGGCCUCCUUUCGCUUAUUCGACCUUCCUAGGGAGAUCAGGGACGAGAUCUACAGCUAUCUGACGAUCGAUGCGCUCGAGGUUCAGCAUGGCGUCGAUGAACGAGACACCGGAACAUACACCUUUGACGCCCCUCUCCUUCCGGUAUUGCUGAGCAAUCGCCAACUCAGCGCGGAGUACAGAGAUAUUCUUCCCAAGCACAGGAGGCUGCUCUUACAGGGCGCCAAGUGUGACUUCUGGACUGGAUAUCACCCGGUUCCGCAACUGCUAGCAAAUAUUGUGUCGGACAUGACCGUAUACAUGCACGUGCUGUGCUUCUGUGACAACCUAGAUGAGGACGAACACGAGGAUCAGCUCAAUUACCCAUGCGACGCUUCCAUUCAAGUUCAUAGCUACGCUCACGAUCUAGACAAUUAUCUCAAUCACUUCCGCAACAUCGAGCAGGUACAUGUCAAGAUGUGCAUGUUUCUAAGAGAAGAUGAAAAGAAUUACAAGGCGACCGACAGCCUGGAACCACCGCGGCUAUCUCAUACUGUUGGAUUUCCGAGAAAUUUGGAGCGGCUUGUAGCUUUACCUGGAGUCAAAGACCUGGAGAUCAUGGGCUUCGGUAGCAACGCAUACGAAGAGCGCGCAUAUGAAGAUUACCUGAAAUCUAAGAUGAAUAGGGACUUGACUCCCAUUGCAACGUGGACUACGGCAUCUGGCUGGAUGUGCAAUCUUAUUGUUAAAACGGCCUCAGUCAAAAAGGAGCAGUAG